AUGGGCUGGACAAAGACACAUUAUUAUCAGAUGUGUUGCUCUGAAUUGUAUAUAAGGAGAUGCCUUCCUCUGUCCCAACAGGCUUCAAUCUUCUCACUGAAGAAGUUCUCCAGUGUUGCUAAAAUGAGGAAGCUGAUCUUGGCCGGAGUGAUCCUUCAGAUCACGAUCAUAUUAACAGGGAUUAAUGGGCAAUACGAGUUUGGGGAUAUAAUUUCAUUUAAAAGGGGAUGUAGCUGCAUACCACUCUACAAACACUUUGCUGUUUAUGUGGAUAAUGUGAACAUAGAAGGCAAACUGCCUGGUCAGGACAUUUUUCAUUGCACAGGUCCAACAAAGUCUAAGAGCAACUGUGGGUUUGAUGUCCUCGGAAAUAAGAUUGGCACAAAAGAGAAUUACUUAGAUGACUUUUUCACAACAGAACUAAAUGAAAACGGUUUUCAUGGCAGAAUAAUUUCACGCAUCACUGAAAAAAGGAAUAACUGUCGACCGUAUAAUCUCUUUAGUAAUAACUGUGAACACCUUGCUACCUAUGUGCGCUAUGGAGCAAGAUUUUCACAGCAGCCGGGGACGAUUGCUUCCUUGUUCUGCAAGCGUAAUCUUGGUAGUUGUGAGAAAUACAAAAAGCUGUUGAAAGAAAUGGAAGAGGAUGCACAACGUCAAAUAGACUGCGAAAAGUGUCCAGACAAUGCUGCAGCUGCUGGUUAAGAAAUGCCAACCAAGCCUGACAACCUGUGUUGCUCUCUUGUUCUGUGCUUUCUUCAAAUCACAGUCUUUUAAAAUAAAAUACUGAGCAAGAA